AUGGCUACUAAAUUCGAAGGGUGAAUAUUUUAUUUAUACCUUUCAUUUUAUUUUUGAAAGUUAUUAUUGGUCAUUUUUAUAUUAUUUAAUUUCAGAUCGAAAACUGUGAGUGAAGAUGAAAACACUACAUCUAAAAAUGUGACGCUUGCUGACAAAUUAAUUAACGUGAGAGUAAAUUAUUUUUAAAAAUUUCAAAAUAUAUAUUUGGUAUCAACUUUUGAUACCUGUGUUCAUACAAAUUUCUUUUUCUCCUGUCUUUAUUGCACUCAAGUAUAGUCAGCUACUCAUAUUUUUGUCCUCUUCAUCUCCCUUCUAAUCUUUUCCUCAUUUAUUCCAAAUGCCCUCUAUAUCUUUUCUUAUAAUCUAUAACUAAUUUUUCUUUAAUUUACCUUUUACCCAGUUUCCAUUAACAUUUAUUUGAUUUAUCUCAUCUGCUAUCUUCUUGGUUACAUCAUUCUCCAUUAUUCUUCCCUAAACAUACCCAUAUUAAAAAUAAAUAAAAUACAGUUUGAUUAUGUAUAAUACAAUAGAUAUUGGAAAAUGUAUUUAAUUAAACUUCAUUAAAAAUACAUCAUUGUAAUAACUAAAGUGUGUUUCUGUAUUUUGAAGACUUAAACUAAAAUUUUACCUUUAAUUAAAAAGGGAACGCCAACCCCCACCUCACUUAAACCAUUGUUACUAAUUCUGUCUAACCUAGUUACACCACACAUCUAUAUUCAUAUUAUCAUUUCUGUUACUUCUAUAUUUAUUUCAUAUCUUUUGUUGAGUACCCAACACUUAGACAUCAUCAGAGACUUCAUAACAUUUUGAUAAAUAUUUAAAAAAAUAAAACUUGGUUUAUAAUUUAUUGUAAGAAUUUAGAAAUACAAAUACAUUUGUAAUUUAAUUGAAAUUUAAUACAUUUAGAAACUAUUGUGAAAAUGUGAUAAUAAAUUAUUUAAACAUAAAACAGAUAUAUUAUAAAAUUGUUUUAUUUGAUUUAGAUACCUUUGUCAAUACCCUCUGGAGAUCAUAAACUUCAACAUCAGUAUUGGUUUUGGUUCAGUCGCCGAUUUCCAGGAAAGCCAGGAAACACACCUAGUUAUGAUCAAAAUCUUAAAUACCUAGCGAGAUUUGGUUCAGUUGAACAAUUUUGGACUAUAUAUAGCCAUAUGGUAAGGCCAUGUGCUUUACAAUCACACUGUGAAUUCCAUUUAUUCAAAGUUGGAAUUAAACCCAUGUGGGAGGUAAAAUAUUUUUACAUUAAACCAAUUAAUACCGUAUAUAGAUAAUAUAAUUCAGUUUUCUUUCAAAUUUUAGGACGAAUCAAAUGCCAGGGGUGGAAAAUGGGUAUUACGAAUACGUAAAGGUCUAGCGUCCAGGUGCUGGGAGAAUCUCAUUUUAGCUAUGUUGGGUGAACAGUUUAUGGUAGGUGAUGAGAUAUGUGGUGCUGUGGUUUCAUUACGAUUUCAAGUGAGUUAUUUAAUUUAUGUAUAUUUUACACAAAAAUACUUAUUUUGCCAUAGUUUUCUAUUGUAGUUUAAGGUUUAUUAGCCUUACUUAAUGGUCAAAAGAAAUACAAAUUAAGUUUAAUGUAGUAUUUUUUUAUUUAUAAUAGUUUUAAUGUCAAAUUUGAAAAACCAUAAAGACCUUUCUAAACAUGUAUAACCAAAUUUUGCUCUAAAUCAAUUUUUGUUAGCAAUGGUUUAUCAUUGCUAACAGCUAUAAAUUAAAUAAUAUCUUACCUUCUCAAGUUUUCACCUACAACAGUGGCACAAGCAUUAGCAGUAUCGUAUCUUCUUUAUUUUUAGCUAUUAGAUUCUGAGUUUGGCAAGAAAUUUAUUGGUUUUUUAUGGUCUGUUCUCAAAACAUUGAGAGUAUUAAUUAUUCCGUAAUUACAUUUUUCCAUCUGACGUAUUCAAUUAAAUUUUGCUUAGAAUUUGUUUUUGUGGCAAUUAUUUAAUAAUUGGUGUUUAAAAAUGAAAAAUGAUCAUAGAACAUUAGCUCAUGUUAUGUAUAUUAAUAUUUUAUUUUAUUAUUUAGGAAGAUAUUAUAUCUAUUUGGAACAAAACAUCAUAUGAUCAAGGCGCAACAAACCGUAUAAGAGAUACACUACGCAGAGUAUUAAAUUUGCCACCAAAUACUAUUCUAGAAUAUAAAACACAUAACGAAAGCAUCAAGUCGGUGUCCAGCGUUUAUAAAAUGUAA